AUGAAUCACGCCACGGUAGCCACGAAGACCCUGUGGGCCAAUCAGUCCGACUGCCAAGAGGUCCAUCUGCCAGUGUCCCUCUUUUUCACCAUGGGGGUGGUGAGUCUGAUGGAGAACUUGCUGGUGGUGGUGGCCGUGGUGCACAACCGCAACCUCCACUCGCCCAUGUACUGCUUCAUCUGCAGCCUGGCGGCCUUCAACACCAUCGCCAGCCUCACCAAGACGGUGGAGAACAUGAUGCUGGUGUUUGCGGACGGAGGACUCGUCGACCAGCAGGGCUCCUCGGAGAGGAAGAUGGACGACGUGAUCGACUCCCUGCUGUGCAUGUCGUUUGUGGGCUCCAUCUUCAGCUUCCUGGCCAUCGCGCUGGACCGCUACCUCACUAUCUUCCACGCGCUCCGCUAUCACAACAUCAUGACUAUGCGGCGGGCGGCCGCCAUCUUGGCCUUCAUCUGGACGACGUGCGGCGUGUCGGCCAUGCUCAUGGUGCGCUUUUUCGACACUGCCUUCAUCAAGACCUUCUUCAUAGCCGUCUUCGCCAUCUCCUUGCUGCUCAUCAUCUUCCUCUACGUCUACAUGUUCUUGCUGGCGCGUAGCCACGCCAGAAAGAUCGCCGCUUACACCCCUAGCGUGAAGCGCCAGAGACACUGUUGGAGCGGCGGCAGCAUGAGAGGCGCGGUGACGCUCACCAUCCUGUUCGGGUCCUUCAUGGUGUGCUGGGCGCCGUUCUUCUUCCACCUCAUCCUCAUCAUGACGUGCCACGCCAACCCGUACUGCGAGUGCUACCGCUCGCUGUUCCAGCUGCACGUGGCGCUGCUGAUGAGCCACGCCCUCAUCGACCCCGCCAUCUAUGCCUUCCGCAGCGCCGAGCUCAGACACACCUUCCGGAAGAUGCUCUUCUGCUCGGAAUGGUGGUGGUGCUCCCAGUAG